AUGAAGUUAUUGAGCCAAAUGAAGAUGUUUUGGUAAAUGAAGUUAUUGAGCCAAAUGAAGAUGUUUUGGUAAAUGAAGUUAUUGAGCCAAAUGAAGAUGUUUUGGUAAAUGAAGUUAUUGAGCCAAAUGAAGAUGUUUUGGUAAGUGAACUUAUUGAGCCAAAUGAAUAUGUUUUGGUAAGUGAACUUAUUGAGCCAAAUGAAGAUGUUUUGGUAAGUGAACUUAUUGAGCCAAAUGAAGAUGUUUUGGUAAAUGAACUUAUUGAGCCAAAUGAAGAUGUUUUUGUAAGUGAACUUAUUGAGCCAAAUGAAGAUGUUUUGGUAAAUGAAAUUAUUCAGUAAGAAAGCUUUUUAGUUCUAAGUAUAAACCAGAUGAAUUAAUGAUCUCUUUCAUGUUGAAGG